AAACUCUUCUAAAUGAUGCUUCAUAAUUUAUCAACCUUAAUUCACUUAUGACAAAAUAAUAUUUUUAAAUGCAGAAUAUUGACUUUGUUUCAUGUUGUUUUUCACAGAUGGCAUCAGGAUUUCAUUUUGCUCUGUUGCUCUGUGUGACCAGCGGACUGCUGGCUGCAGCUUCUUGUUGUGAAGAAGACAAAAAGAAGGAUUGCCCAGCUUCCUGCCCUGACGGCUGGACUCGGUUCGGCUCUCGCUGCUUCAUGUUCCACUUCACUCUGAAGAACUGGAUUGAAGCAGAGAAAACAUGCCUGUCCUUCAGUGGGAAUCUGGCUUCGCUCCACAGUGUUGAGGAUCAUACCUUCCUCUACGAGCACAUUCGCAGAGUUGCUGGUGCCAACAAACGUACCUGGAUUGGAGGCUUUGAUGCUGUGAAGGAGGGCGUGUGGCAGUGGUCUGAUGGAACCCCAUUCGACUACUCACGCUGGCAUCCAGGGCAACCGGACAAUGCUGGCAAUAACGAGCACUGUUCCCAUAUCAACGGGUUCAGCAACUUCUGGAACGAUCUGCCUUGUACCUUUAAAGCAUCUUUCGUGUGCUCCAAAAGUCUGUGAGGCGUCUUGCUGCAGCGCAUCUAUAAUCUCUUUGGUUCAGCAAACACUUGAUUCAUUCUCACUUGAUUUAUUAUCUGAUAAAUUUUAAACACAGUCACCUCUGAGUUUUACAUUUAGAAUAACUGACUCACUCAGCUGGACGAAUAUAAAUCACUAAUUUGACUCUUAAUCUGGUAAAUUAUACCAAAUACAGGAAACACUGAAAUACUCAAACAUCUUUUCCAUUAUAGUUAAAUGAAAAAUGUCUGUUAUCAAACAGCUUCACACUUCAAGCUGAUGUGAUGAAAAUAUUAAAGGGUCAGCUGUUCAGAAUGAUCCCAGUCUCAUGU